UACUGAUGGGUCACCUGACAGAGCGUUCCUGAGAAAAUUAAAGUUUUACUAGAAAUAAAGUCUAAUCUGCUCUUACUUGUGGGGUGAAAUAGUAUUUAAAUAGACCUUUAUCCUGGUUACUAUGACAACUAGUCAUAAUAAUACUAAUCAUCACAGUGGUACAGUAGUUGAGCUAAGACCUGACAGCUGUAGCCCAACAAAUAUAUUUCUAUUUGAAGCCCAGGAAUAAAAGAAAACCUGGGAAAUAUUCGACGUGUCAAUUUUAUUCCCUUUUAACGGCCAGGUUAGCAGCUCAAUAACUACUACUACUAAUGAUGUUCAAUCCUCAGCUGAAGGCAGAAAUCAUAUCCACAGAGUUGUGCCAUUGGCUCUGUUGCUAGUUAGCCGGUUAGCUCAGCGCCGGGAGUGGUGCCGUGGAUGUGUGUAUGUAGAGCUGACAUGAACGGAGCAGACUUCAUUGCCGGGUCUGUUGGAGGAGCUUUUGGAGUAGCAGUUGGUUAUCCUCUGGACACCAUUAAGGUCAGGAUACAGACACAGAGGAAAUUCCUUGGAGUUUGGCAGUGCAUUCACACCACCUGCAGGAAUGAAGGGGUGUAUGGUUUCUAUAAAGGCAUGUCGAUGCCCAUGACGACCGUCUCCAUCAGCUCGUCUGUGGUGUUUGGUACAUACAGGAAUGCACUUCAGGUGUUGCACCACCUGCAGGGUAAAAGUGCAGAUGCCCCCAGUGCCAAACCGGACAUCUUUCUUGCAGGCUUUGCUGGAGGGAUUGCUCAGGUUUCAGUAAUGUCUCCAGCGGACAUUGUGAAAGUGCGUCUUCAGUGUCAGAUCCAGCUGUAUCAGGGAUCUGACCUUAAAUCCAGGCCCAAAUACCAUGGGCCUGUACACUGUCUUCUAACCAUUGCGCGUGAGGAAGGAGUGCUGGGCCUUUACAAGGGAGCCGGAGCCUUGGCACUAAGAGACGGUCCAGCUUUCGCCACCUACUUCCUUGUCUAUAAUGCUGUCUGUGAUUGGCUGGCUCUGAACAAGAAUGCUCAGAGAGAGUGGAAGGUGGUGAUGCUUGCUGGGGGAUUAGCUGGAACGUGUGCCUGGAGUGUCGGGACCCCCAUGGACGUGAUAAAGGCCCGCUUACAGACUGAUGGUGUGGGCAAGAGGCACUACAGAGGAUUUUUUCACUGCAUAACAGAAAGUGUCCGGACUGAGGGAGCCGCCGUUCUUUUUAAAGGCCUUACGCUGAAUUGUGUACGUGCCUUUCCAGUCAACAUGGCUGUUUUUUCCAUGUAUGAGCUGAUCAUUCAUCUUCUACAAACAAGGUCAUAGGUCAUUCUACUGAUCAAAUGACAUGUCCAUAUCGCACCCUGAAAACUGGUGCGAAUUCAGAUAAUCAUUCCUCAGUGACAAAUUUGAUGGUACACUUUCAUUCAUGAUGUUAACUAGUUUGCAUUGAUUUGCAGUGACUACCUCGACUGAAAGAUAUCUUAUUUAUUACGUAUCGUUUCCUGGUGAAACAACAUGCUGCUGCUUCAUAGUGUCCAUCGUAUCACAUAUCAUAAUGGAAAACGUUAUUAAGGGUAAUUUAAACAUGCUUCAUCUGAAGUGACUAGCAGACGUGCAAUCUGAUGUCUCGCUAAAAGGGACAUUAUCACUGCAUUUAUCAUUCUUGUUUUAAGCUAAUCUCUAUCUACCCUGUCUGAAGUUUGUGUUGGAUAACACAGGACCUUAGGGACGAUGACGAAACCAGAACACCACCUUUUGUUUUGGAAAGUUGAUGACAAGUGUGUAUGGGGAACUCCUCAGAACAGCUAAUAUACCAGAUGAUGAAUUGGUUGGAAAAACAAACAUUUGUGCUCUUUGGAUUAAGUCGGGACAUGGUCAGAAGCAGUGAAAAUUCACAAUAUACAGUCUGUACACUUGUGUAAUAUUCAGAAUCCUACGUUUCCUGUUUCUAUUUCCUACAGCCAUUAACGUUGAUGGUAUGCGCACAUGCACAACAGAUGGGGUUGAUAGAAAUGACUGGUGUUUUCUCUUACCAAAAACUACUGAAUAUUUAAUUUCCUGAACUGCUUAUAUUAAUAUAUAAUUGAUUAGUCUGUGUGAGAUUGAGACAACUGUAAUAAACUGUCAACUUUA